AACUGUGAAAGAUAGCGCUGUUUACAAUGACCAAGGCAUAGAUUGACAAAUCUCAAAUUGAGAGUCGACAGCCAUCAAAACUUGCGAUUAAGACCUGGUCUAUUAUUUUAAUGUUUGACCAAUGAAAGAACGAACGAAUGUGUGACAAAUGUAAACAGACUGGGUUUCUUUGAUUGAUAACUCAUUUACGUAUCUUGAAAACGUUUUGUUGGAUUGCCAAUGUCUUAAAUGUUGCCUACUGGUAUAUUCGUGAAACCAUUCGAAGAAUGGAUACCAGUAUUUCAUUACAAUAAUAUUGAAUGGAUACGUUUUAAAGGAUAACAUAACAGAAAUGUCCACCGUACAGACCUGGACACUGUGGCAGCGGCUGCCACCACGAUACCAGCUCACCACCAAGACAUUCGUAGACGACGCCGACGAACAAUUCUCCGUCGGCAACGCCAGCGACCGCACCUUUACGCCAAAGAAAGUCGCCUCCCCGCGACCGUAUUCCGCUAGAGCGGGUGCGCCUCAAAAUGAAAGUCGACCACAAUCGAGGCGUGGGAACCAUUCGUCUAAGCGGGAAGCGGACGCACAAAAAGCGCCGUCUGGUAGCAACCAGCAUAGUUCUGCUCUAAGUGAGAAUUUUAUGCUAUCGAGCAACGUAACGGAAGAAGCGCGGGCAGAGCUGAGUAACUCAUUAAUUCAACCAAAAAAUGCCGCAUCGUUUCCGAAAAGGAAUUCUGAUUACGUGGCAACAUUUCAGAAGCAACGUCGCGUGAAUUCUGCGCGCCGACGAUUUGCAGAGACCCCUGUUACUACCAAAAUAUCGCCGACUCACCUGCUCGCCGAUGGAGCGACGUCGCCACGCGCGCAUACUGCUCCCGUAUUUCCUGUCACCAGCGCCGAGACUUUGAAGACGAGCAAACAAAAGCAGAUGCACACCACACCACCGUCACAGGAGGCCAAACCUGUCUUCCUUAGGCAGAACAGCAUCAAGCAAACAAAAUACACGACCGAGCCUAGCAAGGUGGAUAUAUUUCAAUUUGACGAUGCAAAGUCCAUGUCAAGUGGUUCCAGUGGAGUAGUUAACGCACGUGAUCUGGAUCUAAAACAUUCCAAGGCAAAGAAAUACGUCGUACAGGACACUAGCCGCGCCACUGUGUAUAUUGAUAACGGAAAGGUGAUGUACUUCGGGAAAUCACGGCACGAUCUGACACAGUUUCUAAAAACGCAGACCCUGAGAGCGGACCGGGGCAACUGUUUUCUGGCGGAGCUUCGACGAGACUAUCUUAAAUACCCGAAGUAUGAAACUGGUGGCGCACAUAAAUUGAGAAAAACGCUCGAAACGGAUCCGCGGCGUAUCACGCACGAGCGAGUCGAUUAUAACAGACGGGUAGAACAUAUCCUUAGUUAUUACGAUGAAAACAAUCCAUAUGGAACGCCGCAGUCACGCCCAAACUCCGGUCAAAGGUCAAAGUCCCCACAGGGGUCACGAUUUAAGGGUCUCUCUUUGACCCCCGCUGCUGCGGCCCCUUCGCGACCGCCAUCCCGGGCUAGUUCGCCUGUACCGGAAAUAACGGAUCCAGCAUCCGGGGAUUUUAUUCUCCUUAACAAGCAGUCGAAAUUGCAUGAGCGCCAGUUCUAUUUGCGCACACCCGGCAUGCAACACACCGGAAACAGUAUUGCGGAUACGGAGAAGUGUAAAUGCAGCAUGUGCCGGAUGGAGCUUCAGAUGGCGCUUGUUACGGGCGUCGGACCGGGCUUGAAAGUAACAGCAACUAACAUCAUAUUUGAUCAGAAGGAUACACGUCAAGAGGGAAUGAUUUCCGGUUCCACAUAUAUAUCUAGGACAAUGAACAGAAAAACAGCAGGUCAGAGAGUCACGUUUCAGCAACCUGACAAUUCCACAAAGGGCAAAGCAAGUGAUUUUCGAGUUACAAUUAACUGUAAGUUACCGGAAGUGGCUGUGAGCGAGUCAGGAUUCGAGAGUUCCAGAACAAUGGACGGGGCAUCCACCUGCCCUGAUGACGUCGAGAGUACCACGUGACGUCUCGAGUGGACGCUGGGCGAUAUUUAUUUAUUAUGAUAAGUAGAUGUACUUCGUAGCAGUUUUUGUUCUAAGACCAUUUUAUACUCAAUACAAAAUAUAUCAGUUAAAUUUAUUAAUCAUUACAUCUAAAUAACUUGUUUGGAAACAUUCUCAUCAAUUCGUCAGUCUGUUGUUGUUGUUUUUUUAAAUAUGUCAAUAAUUGAUCAAUUGAGGCAAGCUCUGCGAAAAAUGGGGUUUAAUGCAUGUGCGUAAAAUGUCGUCUCAGAUUAGACUGUGGAGUCUGCACGGGCAAAUCAGGGAUGACACUUUACGCUCUUGUGGUAUUUUUGUAUAAAGGAAUUCUCUAGUUCUUCUUGAAUGCUAUGAGCUUUGAGAACAUACCGGUACGUACAGCGACCCAGGAUGGUCAGUAGCUGGGAAAUGGAUUAUUGCAACUAAGGAAGUCUCUUCUUAGAAAAAAUCCAGUACAACGGAAAGUGUCGUCUCAGGUUAGUCUGUGCAGACCAUUCACGCACCUGCAUUUAGUCCAGUUUUCCUCAUGAAAUCCAAGCCCUUAAGUGCACUUCACAGUGCCAUACAAGUAUUCUAAUUGAAUAAAUCCUUAAUUUCUUAAACCACAUUUACUUUUAUGAAAGGCGUUUGUUUGUUUUAUUAUUUUUAUUUAUUUGCUAGAUUAUUUAAGAAUGUUUGAAUUGUAUUGUUUACGAUAUGAAUAAAACUACUAACGA